AUGGUUCGAGUAGCUUCUCCGUACGGAAGCUAUCAAGGGAAUGAAGAGGAGGCUACCUUUCGCCGAUACAGUAACCGUGGGCUUGAGUAUCCUAUCAGCCACGAUCGAGAUUACAGUUCGGCCCCAAGUCAAAGAGUCUACCCGGGCUCGCGAAGUCAUCACCCUUCUCCCCACGAGCCUCGAACCACUGGGCGAUCCCCCGAGAGCGAUUCAAGCUCCCGGCCCAGAAGCAGAAUCCAGAUUGCCUGUGGUCGAUGCCGAAAGCGAAAGAUCCGUUGCAGUGGCGACGCAGGCAAUGGCGAGCCAUGUACCAACUGCAAGAACUCGGGCAAUGAACAUUGCCAAUUCUUGAGGGUCACGGCCGAGGAAGUUUUAUUAAAAACUGAAGGAUGCACGGCGUACAAAUACAACGAUGCUUCGGGUGGUUCAGCUUCCCGAGUGAAUUGCCGCAUGCCUUCAGGUCCUCAGUACGGACCUCAAAACACCCCUCUUCCUCUUGAUGGAUACCAUCAAUACCGACAAGUUUCUGCACCUAACUAUCAACAAUUCGCGGUCAAGCCGUACUUCCCAAUAGCACCUUUUGGCGACUUCAACGGGGAUGAGCUGGGCUACAACAUCCAGGGGCAACUGAUUGGGAAUGAAGACCUCGGAGUUGCUCCCAACUAUAUCACUUCUACAUCCACGAGAGGCUGGCCUGCAACUCCACAGUUGCCCAAGACCCCGCUCUACAUUGAACAAUCAGAUACAACCUUCAGCCAUGACCAGAUUCCAAUGCCUCUCCACCACGGGGUCAGCUUCCCUUCCCGUCCCAACUCGGGUCACAGGAAUAUGUCGCUGGACGGAAUGAGCGCAUCACUCCCUCCACCUGUCGGCGCAAACGGGGAGCGCUUGUUGCCAUUCCCGACGGGGAAUCCAGGUCGACAAGCACACAUAGGAGGACCGUAUCGAUAUUCCGAUGGUCUUCCUUCAGCUCCAAGUCUUCAAUCCCAGUCUUUCGAUACCAACUGUAACUACAUCCGGAACAUCAAGCAUAAUAUCAACGCGACGAGCGAAAACGCCUCCUUGUCUUCAAACUCGUACAUCACGAACUCCAGUACGAGCCCAGAGUCCCUCUCUUCCUCGCAAAUGGCUUACGGAUCACAGCCAUCGGCUUCUAUGAGCCAGCAGAGUAGCGAGAUCUACACGCCUUCCAGCCAAGACUUGUGCCCAUCCGACUCCGAGCCAUCGUACGGCCACAACCCCAGCAUAGGCUCCAAGCAACCAUCCAUCGGCAGCCAAGGUUCGAACGCGGAAGGUUCACUCCCAUCGGUGUCUGACCAUCCUGGUCGGCUGACCAACGGUCAAGAGUACCGCUACGUUCCGACGAUGGGCAACUACAACCAGGGAUACCCUAUGCCUCCCAUACUCCACCACCCGGUACCACUCUCGCGGACUUCGCUCUCUGUUGGCGCGGACCACGAUUGA